UGCGCCGUCUGCGGGCCGCGGCCGGGACGCGCAGCGGGGAGGGGCGGAGCGAGAGGGCGGGAGCGCGCGCUGGGAGCCUCAGGCCGCCGCUGCCGUUGCGGGGGAAUAAUCCAGGCGGCAGCAGGCGGCCCGGACUAGCGGCCGCAAGCUACUUCAGCGGCUGCCGGGGAGAGCGAAGGUCGCCGGUCUCGUGUGGUCCUCCUCUCCGCCCCCCCGGAGGGGCGAGAGGGAGCUGUAGCUGAUGUCAGAAAUUCACUUUCGGGAAAUGGCCUCUAAAUCUUGGCUGAAUUUUUUAAUCUUCCUCUGUGGAUCAGCAAUUGGAUUUGUUUUAUGUUCUCAGCUAUUAAGUAUUUUGUUGGGAGAACAGGGUGACACCCAGCCUAAGAUUCUUCAUAAUGAUCCUCAUGCUAGACAUUCAGAUGAUAAUGGACAGAAUCAUCUAAAAGGACAGAUGAACUUCAAUGCAGAUGCUAGCCAACAUAAAGAUGAGAACACAGACAUUGCUGAAAACCUCUACCAGAAGGUUAAAAUUCUUUGCUGGGUUAUGACAGGGCCCCAAAAUCUAGAGAAGAAGGCUAAACAUGUCAAAGCAACAUGGGCCCAACGCUGUAAUAAAGUAUUGUUUAUGAGUUCAGAAGAAAAUAAAGACUUCCCUGCUGUGGGACUAAAAACCAGAGAAGGCAGAGACCAGCUAUACUGGAAAACAAUUAAAGCUUUUCAGUAUGUUCAUGAUCACUAUCUAGAAGAUGCUGAUUGGUUUUUGAAAGCAGAUGAUGAUACAUACGUUAUACUAGACAAUUUGAGAUGGCUACUCUCAAAACACAACCCUGAAGAACCCAUUUACUUUGGGAGAAGGUUUAAGCCGUACGUAAAGCAGGGCUACAUGAGUGGAGGAGCAGGAUAUGUACUGAGCAAAGAAGCCUUGAAGAGAUUUGUUGAUGCAUUUAAAACAGAGAAAUGUACACAUAGUUCCUCCAUUGAAGAUUUAGCACUGGGAAGAUGCAUGGAAAUUAUAAACGUAGAAGCAGGAGAUUCCAGAGAUACCACUGGAAAAGAAACUUUUCAUCCCUUUGUACCAGAACACCACUUAAUCAAGGGUUAUCUACCUAGAACAUUUUGGUACUGGAAUUAUAACUAUUAUCCUCCUGUAGAGGGGCCUGGUUGCUGUUCUGAUCUUGCAGUUUCUUUUCAUUAUGUUGAUCCUACAACUAUGUAUGAAUUAGAAUACCUCGUUUAUCAUCUACGUCCAUAUGGAUAUUUAUACAGAUAUCAACCUGCCUUACCUGAGAAUAUACUAAAGGAAAUAAGUCGAGCAUACAAAAAUGAAGAUACGAAGGCAAAAAUUGGGAAACCUUGAAAGAAAAUAUGAAUGAACAGAGGUAAAAUGUCUAACAUUGCACCGAAGAACUUCUGCAUUUCUUAUAUAGAACACUGGACUCCCAGUGAAGAAUUCUAAAUGAACAUUCCUUAUUAGAAAUCUUUCAUAUGAAUUGACUGUCAGCUGAAGCUUUAAUAAGCUGUGAGGUCUGUUAAAAUGUGUUUUUGAUACAGUAAUAUAUAUAUGAAAAACUUGUGAUUUUAUAAUGUUGUCCAGGCAGGGGGACUAGAAAAGAUUUUAUUGCCUAUUCCUGACCACAUGUAUUAUUUUCACUGGGAAGCUAAAACAGUAAAAUUUGUUAAAACAUCACUGCACCGUAUUAGUAACACACACAUGAUGUUAAACAGAUCUGCCUUAAAAUUUUAGAAGGAAGUGUUGUUUUUGGUGUUGUUUGUAAACUCAAGACAUGAGUUCAUGUUUGCAAUGUAGUAUCAAUGAACCAAACUCCCUGCUGCCCCUCCCCUCCACGCACACCAGUGUGCAGUUUUGGCUAAUCAAAACUUUGCUGUGACUUUAAAAUUGGCAGUAUUUCUUUCAGAAGUAGGUAGAAUAAGAAUGCACUUGUCUUAAUGUGCAUUAAUAAAAUCACAUUUUGAAAUGAUCAUGGUCCUUGACUGUAAUAUAUACAUACUUGGUUCUAAUUAAUAGUAAAUCUUAUACAGGCAUACCUCAUUUUAUUGUGCUUUGCUUUAUUGCACUUCAUAGAUGUAGUUUUUAAACCGAAUUGAAGGCAAGAUCCUCCACAAGCAAAAAGAUUAGGACUCGCUUUAUCGUGAGACUUGCUUUAUUGACGUGGUCUGGAACAGAACCCACGGUACCCCUUAGGUAUGCCUAUCUAUCCUGAGUCCCUGCUGUCUCUGCUGAGUACGUUUCACCAUUCUUGGAUACCAUUUUCAGCUAGCAUUUGGUAAACAUGGAUUUUUAAGUAUUUUGUUCCCAUAUUUACCCAUUGUUAAUUAUGGGUAACUAAUAGUUACUGUAAUGCUUUGGGGGGAAAGCUUUUCUUAUGUCAGUGCCACUCUCAGGAAUGCUAAGCAGCAUUUUUAAUUGAUUAUUUAAAACUCUUUCCAACCAUGUAAUUAUAGUUCCUUUUAUUCUUACCCUAUUGUGAGAAACUUGUUUGUGCCUUUCAUAAUUUGUUUAAAGCAGUUUGGAAUUCAUUUUUAGAAUCUGAGGUGGUUAUUAGUUACACUGGCAAAAUAAUUUAAAUGUAGGAUUUUACCUAGAGUUAAUUAAAAACAUUAGAAAGUGCAAAGUUCUUAAACAAGCUGAAGUAUGUCAGAUAUUAAAAGACCAAAUACUUAAUUUGUGAAUAGCAUCUGAAUUUUAAUGCUGGCUUACAUACACAGGAUGGGGCAGAAGUAGGUUUACAGUUGUUCAUAUGGAAAAUAAUACAAUAAUUAAUAAAUAAUAACAAGAAUGAACGCUAUUUUGCAUACUUACAACUGUAAACCUACUUUUGUAACACCUUCUAUUUUGGGAUGAUUGUUUUGCUGAUGCAUAAAUAUUUCAGUUGAGUAGAAUAGCCAUUCAAGACUGCCAUCAAAAACACAUACAAGAGUUUCUGGAAGGAAAAAAUUUUUUCACUUUUGUUAUCUUUACCAAAAUUACCUGAGUGUAUCAUAACAAUAUCUUACAGACUUUCUGUAAUACUAUGUUACAUGUUUCAAAUGAUUUGCAUUUCUCUUAUGUUUAUCAUUAUGCUAAUUUUACUUGGCUGUCACCCAUUGACCCUGCUGCUUAACUAAAUAGUUCAUUGUGCCAAACAUGUCAAAACCAUGACCUCUUUGAUAGUGUAUUUGAGAGGAUGUUCCUAUUAGCGGCCAGUUAUGGAUAUUCUGCCCACGUUGUAGAAACUUACACCAAUAUAUACCUAUUAAAUUGUGUUUCAUAGUGUUCAUGGUGGUUUCACCUGCCAGAAUUUCAAGGCACUCUAUUCUUUGAACAGCUCUUCAGCUUGCUGUGCAUAUGAAUUUGAAUCCAUAUUUGCUGUUGUACUUUUCUGUGGUACUACAAGUAUAAAUGUUUUAUCAUAAACAUCCAAAAGCAUUAGAAUUUACUCACAGGAAAUUAGCAUGUAAAAAAUCCUGGAGUCCCAGAGUCUGACUGCCUGGAUUUAAAUUCUUGCUUCAUCACUUACUAGCUUUGUAACCUUGAGCAAUUUACUUAAUCUCUUUGUGCCUCAAUUUCCUCAUCUGUAAAUUAGCCACAAUAAUAUUACCUACCUCACAAGUAUUUUAUGAGGAUUAAACAAGUGAAUAUAUUUAUGGCUUUUAGAACAUUUGGCCCAGAGGAUGGAGCAAUAAGUUUAAGGUUUUAUGGUUAAUUUGGAGUGUAAAUAUUUGUUUCAAAUGAAUGAAAAAUCUACUUUAAUUAAAUCACAUGUUGAAGGAACUAUUUUGUACAUUUCUUAUAAGUAAUCACUAGUUUUUAUCUGAUGUGUACUAUAUGCCAAGUACUGUGCUUAGGUACUCUGUGUACAUUAGUGUUAUUAAAUCCUCACAGGUUGGGUAUUAUUUCCAUUAUGUAGAUGAGAAAACAGAGGCUCAGAAUUCAAGUAACUUUUCCACUGUCACAAAGCUAAUAAUGAGAUUUUUAUUUAAAGCCUGUGUGUUCUUUGUACCAUGUCAGCCCAGAAGUUAGUCAUUUAGCAUUAUUUCCAUUUUUACUUACAGACAUGUGACAUCUUUUACUCAUUUGCCAGUAAUAGUAAAAUUAACCAGAUUGCCAUAAUGCUUCUCAAAUUGUGGUUUUUAUAGUCUUGCCUGGAAGCUUGUCAAAACUCAGAUUUCAAACCAAGACCAUAAAUCCUGAAUCUAGCAUAGGGCCCAACACUGUUCAUUCUUACUAGCUACCCUUGGGCUGUGGUUCUCAAAGAGUAGUGUAAACUGCAGUUUCCGGGUCAUUCGGGAACUGGUUGGAGAUCUUAUCUCUCCUGGGCCCUAUCUUAUCAGAAAGGGACUAGAGGCUAGCAGUUAUGUUUAACCAAGCCCUCCAGGUGAGGCUCAUUCACGCUAGUUUGAGAACCUUUUUACACUGAGAUCUAAGUGAUUCUGAUGCAGAUGAUCCUUCAGACAUGCUAAUCAUCACUGCGUUAAGUAAGGUAUUUUUCAAAGAUUUAGAUAGGGCAUGUUUUAAAUAGUGUAGUCCAAGAUUACACUGAAUUAAAUGUAGAAGACUUUAAAGAUGACUUAAAGGGUGAGUGGAUCAUUUAUUUUGACAAAAUUCUUUAGCUUUUUUAGAGUGGCUAAUAUCAGGGCUUACAGAGUAAAAUCUGUAAUUCUUCGAGUUUAGCAAUUUCACAUUGGGGCAGGAAAAGUUCAUUAAAUAAGUACAUCCGAAUUCAUUAAAAGCACAUGUAAAUGAAUGUCAUUAAAAACGUCCACAGUUAAAAAUAUUUUGUAAAAUGCAGAACAUUUUUUUACUAAUUCAUACUAUCAAAAUUGCAUCACCUCCAAGAAUCAGUUGACUGUCCUAUGUGAUCUAAUAAGGAAAAAAAUUCUAAUAUUUGAUGGAGCACAUACAACUAGAUUUCAUGAUGAUACUGAUUUAUCUUUUAAAUUAAGAUCUCUCUGAUUUGCAUAAGUGAUUUUAAUGUGGUCUCAAAACAUGGCUUUUACUAUUUUAUGUCCUCCAUAACAGCAUACUUGUAUUUUCAAUUGGAAAGUUCAUAGAUGAUAUAAGAUUGUUGUUCCUGAGUUAAAUUAUUUGUUUUCAAAUACCUUAAACUUCAAAGGAGUUUUCUUCCUGUGAGAUUUGAAAAUAAAUCACUGAACAGUUUUUAAUAAUUUUUUGAAGUAUGUUCAUAGGAUUUGGGCAUUAAAUUUGCUGAUUAUUUUCAUAAUUGUUUUUUUAGUAUUAAUUUUUUACUUCCUUGAGUCUAUAAAACUAUAUCUGAUUGAGGCUUGAAAAAUCCCCCACUUGAUUAAUUAGAUCGAGUCUAUCCUUUUAUUCUCCAUUUAAGUUUUUUGUUUAUUUUAUAGUACUAUGUCUUUGACAGUUUCUGCUUCUUUAUAUUUAUUGCCCUCUUUAAAUUUCCUUUUAAUUAAUUUCCAUUUUCUAAUUACUCUUAGUGUUACCUUCACAAGGUUAAUUUGGCUGUCAUUAGUGAUUAGUAUUUAUAUCACUUACUGAUAAUUUUAUAUAGCUAUUAACUUUGUUUCCCUAUGAGUUUAGGAGUAAAAACAUAUGUCUUAAGAAUAAUGCCUCUUGGCUUUCAGGAUACUUGCCCUACUUAAAAGUCUACAAUUUUAAACUAAUUCUAGAUAUGUAAUUAUUAAAUGAAGCAAAGUUAUUUGGAUUCUUCCACCACCCCCUUACUUUUCUCAAAAACAAACAAAAAAACUCACUUGCCUGAUUUCUCUAUGUUUUUAGAGUAGGGCUGACAGAAACAUACUUAAUAAAUCUGGGGGACAACCUGUGGUUUAAUUUAUGCUAAAUGUAACUUGAUUUAAAAAUUACUUGUUUCAGUUGAAAUACAAACUUUAAUAUAUUAGAAUAAAAAAUUUCACAAAUUCCCUAAAGAGGAACCAACCUAAAACUAGUAUUCUAUUUUAACUCCUCUUCCCUCUCUAAUUUUCAGCUUAUAUCACUUAAGUUUAAAUACCUUUUCAGAGCCCUGCAAAUUAAUAAAGUGUAUUACAGGGAAACUAAUCUUACUGCUAAGCAGUGUGCUAUAUUACACAGUGAAUGUUUGUGUUUUGGAGUCUAAAAAUUAUGUAAGGUAAUAGAAUCAUGAAUGGUUUAAAAAUGUCUGGUGACUUGCUUAUUAUUUUAAGUGAUCACCGAUAAGUCAGAAAAUGUAUUUUUAAAUAUGUUUUUUAAAGUGCCUUUUGAACAUUUUUAAACAAUGGAUUUAAACAAUUGCAUAAAAUAAAUCACCAUGUUUAAA